AGGUGAGAGGAAGUGUUAACUGGUCGUUGACUCGUUGGCUCGUUACUGUAGGUAUACAUUCAAGCAGAUUGAAAGAAAACUCUUGCAUCUCCUUGCGCUGGAAAAAUCACAUAUUUUGUUUAGUCCAACUGUAAUUUAGUUUGGUUGGUGCUUGGUAAAUGUGGUCGGUUGGUGGGACCAGUGUCAACAGUUGCCAGCGUGGGCGGCGUGGGUAGUUGACCUGGUGAUGGCUGAGACUGAGAUGUCCUUCAUGUUGCAACCAAAGCAGUAUUUUUUAAAACUUAUCUUUCUUGCAGGCUUGUCCAAUGAUUUAGUUCAGAUGUUUACUCAACAGGCUUGAACUUGUCUCAGUUUCACUUAGCAGUUCUAUACCCUCGGUAUUUGGCCUGAAACGAUUCCAUCAAGAAAGGAAUUUGGGCCAUGUCAUCUAUGAAUUACAAGUGGGAAAAAUGCUAUAUAACCCACAAAUAAUUAGCUCAACUAUGUGUGUUCUUAAAGGUUAGAGGGAUCCAUCCUAAUUGGAAACCCUCUCAGCUUGAUGAAGUAAACUGGGCAAGUUCGGUUUCCUUGGCCAACUCUCAGCAGAAGAAAGUCCCAUCUGACCAUUUACGCGAACCUUCGUACACUCCUAACUAUUCCUUGAUUACUACUCGCGAGUAGGAACAGAGAGAGGCAGCUAUUCCUACAUCCGGCGUCUGGACGAGUUGGCCAGGAUCAUUGGAUCAUUGAAACUGCAUGAGAGCGGUCUGUCAGUUUAUCUUAUAAAGCAGACAGCCCGUUCUCACCCAGAACCCGCUGAUGACCUGACGGGGAGCGGUCCGCUCCUUACUAAUUGAAAAGCAGUUUUCAAAUUCCAAUAAUGUUUGGUAAGUUCACAAGUUUUCCGCUAGAGGAGAGGGGAUCAGUCUGCUCCUUUAACUAAGGGAAAAGACGCGUGGUUGUUGGAUAAUGCUGGGGUAGUUAACAAUUUCACCACCAGGGAAAAAGCCUGAAUGUGAUCUUUUUGCUAACAAAAGAAAGUUACAUUAUAUCGUGUGAGUUUUUCGGGAAAUCUCAGUAACUCAAUUAAUAUUAUUCUCCAGACAUGAUAGAAAUCUUUUACUGGAAAUUCUUCGUAGUCUGUCUGAAGGUAUGGUCUGUGUAUAGAGCAACCAAUGGCGUGUUAAAUAUUGUCCCGUUAAAUUGUGUUAUUCUAGAUUAUUCUGUUUUUACAUGGUAAAUAUUCUUUGAAAAUUUCUCCACCAAAAAUCAUUUUUUUUAUCAAACCAAAGCAGGUUAGUCAUUUUCAUUAAAAAAUUGUUCACACCAUUUUAGAAUGCGUGUUUAAAUUUUAACAUUAUUCACCACAGAUUUCUCUAGUGAAUUUAUUAACACGAGUCCGUCGGUGGUCAACGCCGAUUUCGGAGGGGAAAAGAGGUUAGAGAAGGUAAAAGACAGAUAUCUACAUAGUUUGAAAUUGUCAGAGGCUAUAUUGUUGGUAAAAAUACUGAUCACCAUGGAGACUUCUGUGUUGUUUCUCCAAUAACUGAUUUGUGACCGCCUCUGUUGAAAAUCGAUACGACGUAAAUUAUGAAAUAAGCCGAAGUAGAACGUAGCCAAUCAUAGUUUAUUCAUGGCAGACUUGCAAAAGCCAUUGCAGACCGCAGUAUUUGUGCGAUGCAGUACUAUAUCGUCAACAGCAGUCAACAGACAUCAAAUUCACAAUCCACGAAGUAACUUGUUCUGGCUGAACACGUAUGGCAUCAGUUUGCUCAGGUGACGUAGGGUCGUAUCAAUCGCCCCACCAGCAAGCUCAUAAGACAAAUAGCUCUGAAGACGAACAACGAAGGAGAAAAGAAACGAAUGAAGUCGACUAUGAAAACAUCCUGGAAAAUUUUGGCAAAACAAGGAAUUUGCAGCUUAGAACAUUUCUAUGGCUUUGUUUACCGGCGUUCUUUCCGGGAAUCGUCGUGAUGUCGUACACCUUCACAGGAGGAACGCCCAAUUAUAGAUGUUUCGUGGAAGAUUGUGACGAAAAUGUCACAAUUUUUUCGAGUAAUGGCUCAUCUUUCGCUCCCACAUGGCUGAAACAAGUGGUUCCUUUGCAUAGGGAAGAGGCAAUAGCCCAAUGUUAUCUGUAUAACAUUACGUUGACCAAUUUGAAACAGUGUGAUCUCAACCAUUCCAUCCAUGACACGUUCCUGAAAAAGUGCAGCCGUUGGGUUUAUGAUACCUCUGUAUUCCGUUCAACCAUAGUCAGUGAUUUCGAGUUAACGUGCGAAAAUGAAUGGAAACAAACUGUGGCCAGCAGCCUGUUUAUGUUAGGAAUGUUGAUCGGAGCAGUUAGCAUUGGUUACAUCGGUGAUACUAUCGGGCGAAGGAAAACAUUUACGCUGAACGUAUUUACACUUGCGAUCGUAACGACCGCUUCUGCAUUUUCACCUGAUUGGAUCACAUUCUGCUCAUUGAGAUUUUUCUCAGGAAUUGGCGCUUCUGGCCACUUCCUAAUCAUCUUUGUUUGGGGAGUUGAAGCCGUCGGGAACAAGUACAGAGUUACUUGCGGAUUCAUUUACCAAAUUGUUUAUGCAGCAGGAUCUGCUUGUCUGGGUAUAGUGGCUUAUUUCGUUCGAGACUGGAGGGUACUUCAGCUUCUCAUUAGCAUUCCCAUGUUUGGUUUUACAGCUUUUUAUUGGUUAGUUGGCUUCCCUUUUUUUAACAUUUCUCCUAAACACAGAGACACCCUGUUACUUGAGGCAAGUAAUGUGUAUGUACUGUAUAGGAUAUUACCAGAAUCGAUUAGGUGGCUGAUAACAAAGAAACAUUAUCCUCAAGUGAAACAAUUCCUGUUGCGGGAAAUUGGUAGGAAUGAAAUCCACGUUCCUGACUACGUUUUAGCUUCUCGUCGCGGAGAAACUAAACGCAAUCUUGAAAACUCGCCAUUUGGAAAUAUUUCCACGAUAGAAUUAAGUUCAGUACAAGAUGGGAGCGAUUAUUCAAGAUAUUUAGAAAAAGCUAAAGUUGAGAGCUUGGCCGAUAUUUUCCGCUCAAACAUUUUGAUGGUCCGACUAAUGAUUAUUUCCAUGGCAUGGAUUGCUGGGGUGAUGGGUUACUACGGUAUAACUUAUUCGGCAGCAAACCUAGUCGGAAACUUUUACAUCAACUACGGACUUUCUAUGCAAGUGCUAAAGCUAGUUGAAAUUCCUGCUUACUUAUUGGGCAUGAUUGUAGUGGAAAAAAUUGGGCGAAGACCAAUGCUAACCUGUGGUUUACUAGUCAGCGGUCUUUGCUGCCUCAUAGCCGGUUUGCUACCCGUUGAAUGGGCAUCUGCCAAAACAGUGUUUUCACUGAUUGCUAAGCUGUUUGCUGCCUGCGUCACAGCCACACUCUACUCAUAUACUUCGGAGUUGUUUCCCACUUUCGGCAGAAGUGCAAUGGUCGGUUUAUGCUCAACUUGCGGCCGUAUAGGAGGGAUAUUAGCCCCCAUCAUCUCGGAUUGGGUGACAUUUGGGAAGAAAACUGAUGUUCACGCCAGCAUACCUUUCUUGGUUUUUGCCACCAUAAACAUAUUAGUUGGGCUCCUAUGUUUUCUACUUCCGGAGACCAAAAUGAUUUCCUUCCCAGCUACAAUAAAGGAAGCUAACGAAAUGAAACCGGCAUUCCUAGCGAAUGUUUUGCAAGCAAAAUAUCGAAAGGUCGAGCAUCAGGAAAGGCAUUAAUAAGAUUGAUUUUACAAUUUUAUACUUGGAAAAACCAGAAAUUUGUGAUACCUGAUAAUAUCUGGCGAUAUGUACAUUUUCACAUUUUCGUUUCUACACUUAGUUUACCUUUCGUCUACCACAGACGAUAGAACCAAAAAAAUAGAGAUAUGGUAAGGAA